AUGGAUGUUGACAAUAAAUCUGAUCCAAUUCCUCACGAAGCAUGGGAUGGAGACACACCGAGCCUUCAUGAUUGCAGAGCCCAGAGACCCACUAAAGUCAUAUCAGAGUAUCUAAUUCACGAAGUUCCAGAAUUCCGGCGAUUGUCUGAACUCCGGAAAAAGGGGUGGGAUAAUCCAGAAGGCGAUCGAUUCUUUGCAGAGCAGCGCCGAACUGCUGAUCACGCCGACAAAAAGACAAUCAAGCGUUUCUACAAAAUGAUGGAAGAGAUUGGAUACAAUAUGCAGCAGCUUACCGGCGUCUUCCGAAUCGAAAGCCCAGAUCCGAGAAAACACUCUAUCCUUGACAUGUGCAUGGCUCCAGGGGGCUUUCUUGCGACAGCAUUGCGCAUCAACCCGGAAGCCCGAGCUUUAGGGUUAACCGAAGAACGCAUCAACAAAUAA